UUGGUAACCAAGUUUGCCUCUCAUUUUUGUCACUAAUUUUUAAGAGUGGCCUUUUGAAGCUGUUCUCGAAGUGGAGUGGUGAAAGUGUCUCACAGAGCAAAGAGCAUGGUGGAAUUGGUUGCCGUGAGUUGCUAUGACGCCAAAGUGGAGGAGGAGCUCUCUCUCCAGACUGGGGAUAUCAUCAAGAAUUCAACGUUCACUGACAGGGAAGGCUGGUGGGAAGGAGAGUUAAACGGGAAACGGGGCCGUUUCCCAAGGAUAUUUGUUGAGGAAGUGCCAUCUCACCCCGUCACCGAGGGAAAGCCUGUACAACCUCGUUCUCUUCGUAGGAAGCCCGGGGUGAGAAAGAAGCAGAGAUUGUGCGAAGUGGUCAUUUCAUACAACCCUGUGAGACAAGAACACUUGGAGCUCAGUGUGGGCGACAUCAUCGAGGUCCUCGAUGAGGUUGAAAGCGGUUGGUGGCUGGGAAAAAAGAACGGAAAGACUGGGUGUUUUCCAUCCAAUUUUGUUUUAGAAAUGAACCACAUUGAAGGUUCCAGAGCCAAAAAUCAAGAUGGGCCAAGUUCAGAGCUCCAAGUCAACCUUCCACCAAACUCGGAAACGAUGAUGACCAGGGGUACGGGAGUGGGAUUAGAGGAACCAACUCUUAGAUCGGCAAAUCCCCAAGCAGAUGAUGGAUGCCGUGGAGAAGCUGGACAAAAGAUAGCCAAGGAGUACUAUGAGGCAGCGUUUGACUAUGUUGCAAGCAACGAGGAUGAACUCAGUCUGCACAAAGGAGAUGUCGUCCUAGUGUUAGAAAAGGACACAGGAGAAGAUGGCUGGUGGGAAGGAUAUGUGAAUGGAAACCAGGGACUGUUCCCAGACAACUACGUGGUCCCUUAUGUCAGUACAAAAGCGGUGAAAAAGGAGCUUCCGCCAAGAGAUGUGACAGAGGCGGAUAUCUCCAAGGAGUACUAUGAGGCAGUGUCUGACUACGUUGCAAGAACCGAGGAUGAACUCAGUCUGCACAAAGGAGAUGUCGUUCUAGUGUUAGAAAAGGGCACAGCUGAAGAUGGCUGGUGGGAAGGAUGUGUGAAUGGAAACCAGGGACUGUUCCCAGACAGCCACGUGGUCCCUUAUGUAGGUACAAAAGAGGUGAAAAAGGAGCUUCCCCCAAGAGAUGAGAUGGAUGCGGAUAUCUCCAAGGAGUACUAUGAGGCAGUGUCUGACUACGUUGCAAGAACCGAGGAUGAACUCAGUCUGCACAAAGGAGAUGUCGUUCUAGUGUUAGAAAAGGGCACAGCUGAAGAUGGCUGGUGGGAAGGAUGUGUGAAUGGAAACCAGGGACUGUUCCCAGACAGCCACGUGGUCCCUUAUGUAGGUACAAAAGAGGUGAAAAAGGAGCUUCCCCCAAGAGAUGAGAUGGAUGCGGAUAUCUCUUUUAAGCACAGUCCCAUGGCAACAGUGAAGAAUCCUGAGCUGUACCUUUGGAAAAGCGACCACAAAGAUGAGAAGAAAGAGCCCAAGAAUGAAUGGUCAGAGUCUGCUGUCAAACCCAACCUGAUGCCUCCCAAAAAGGUUCCGCCUCCUGUAAAAGUGAAGCCAUUGUUAACAAACCUGCCUAAUAAAGUUGGUGGGGAACAGGCGCCGGCUCCACAGGAACUCAUCAAACCAGCCAGAGACAGGACCAACGACUCAGAAUCAGUGACCUUUGACGCACUGGCUCCACCUGCAGAGACACUGAAACACUUGACUGCCAACAGACCCCGAGCCCAGGGGCGAAGACCACCCACUCACCACAGGGGUCCAGCUGCUCACAAUGCCAAAUUGUCAGUGUCCCCACCAGUACCAGCUAAAGUCAAGCCUCCGACCAUCCAACUGUCUGAGCCUCCACCAAGCCAAAGACACCAGUCAGCUGCCGGAAGAGCAGGUCCAGUCCUGCCUAGUUCACCAAACAAAACACAGAGAGAAGCAGAAAGGGAGGACAGAGUGGAUUCCAUCGCAGGGCUGAAAGUGGAACUACAACGUCUGCAGCUGUCCUUUGACCUGCUGAAGAACCAACAUUUGAGAGAUACAAUCGACUUAAAAGAAGAGAUUGCAGAGGAACGAAUCAAAUGGAACGCACUGCAGAUGGAAGUUGAAAACCUGAGAAAAAUUAUCACAUCGCAGCAAGAGCACUGACUUCGAACCUUCCCUCCCUCCCGCUUGGAUCCAGGGCACACACCCAGCCUCUGAGAAGACAAUGUCAGACGCUGUCCUGUGUUUAGUUAGCCUCCAGUGCUGCGACUUUAAGAACCUCAAUCUGGUUCUGGAGUUUAUGGGAUUGUUGCAGAUUUUGCUUGUUGUGUAUCCUCUCUGACUCUGGUGGAUUUCAAGAAUCCUCAGAAUUCCUGUGUCAUCAUUUGAGAUACAAAGCUCCACAUAGCUCUGAAAAUAGAACUUGAAAAGACUCAAAUAUUUGUGGCAACUUUCAAUACCCUAAUGUGCCUUUACUGUCAAUAAAGUAUCUUUUGAAGUGGAGUUGCUAUUGUAAUGUAAGUCCAACACGGCAGCUGGAUAAAAGGCAUUGCCUCGGCUUUUAUCCACAGUCCCUUCCUUCACAUCCAGUCCAACACGUGGGAUCAUACUACUCUCUCAAAGUUCUUAGAAUGCCAGUCACAACCAAUGAAUAAAACUGGAUUAUAUUUUGGGUGCUGAGGCAGUGAAAGUGGUUUAGCAUCUGGUUAAGACUGGGUAAAGCCAGGGAUGAAUUGUGCCAGGUAAAUCCAAGACUACCAGGUCCACAGAUAUCCAUUGUAUUCUCCGCUUCUUGGCAUGAGAAAACAGCCAAUGUACUGGAGGCGGACCAUGUAAGAUGAGUGGAUCUGA